AUGAAAGAAGCCAGCUUUGAACCUGGUUCUGGUGGUGUACAGUAUUUGGGUAAGUAUUCUUCAAUUCCUCCUGCAACUGUUAACUCAUCCUGCACUACCAUUUGUGAGACUUUUGACGAGCUUACAAAUGAUGAAAGUGAAAAAAAUCAUACCAGCCAAAGUUCUUUAAAGGAUGAGAACGAAUUUGGAGGCAUAAAUUACAAGUGUGUAAAUGAAUACGAUGACGUUUUUAAAAUGAGUCUUAUUGAUUCGAACUAUUUUAACAACAUCCCCAAUUCAAAUCAAAUGAAUAGUUCCAAACUCAGUGGAAGAGAGCUGAGCAAUAUACAAAUGAAUAACAUGCACUUGAGUAAUCCUAAUGUGAUUAAUUCUAAUAUGAACCACAUGGUUGGUAGUGGUAACAUUGAUUAUAACACCAGUUGCGUUAACUAUUAUCCUGAAAGUCUAAAUGAUUAUUCAAAUGGUGGUUUAAGCGAUUAUCCAAAUGGUGGUCUAAAUGAUCAUGAAGAAAAUAGUAUUAAUGAUUUCAAUGUAAAUUAUAAUCCGAGCAUUGAUCCAAAAUAUAGUAAUGAUAACAACUGUACCAAUAAUAGCGGUUAUCCAAAUGACCGUAGUGGCUAUGGUGUUGAAAAUAAUCGUGUUGAUUCGGAAAAUUAUGUAUGUAAAGAUGAAGGUUUCUUAUUUGAUGGAUACAAGGGUGAAGAAAAUGUUUAUAGCGGGGGUAAUUACUACAUAAAUGAUAUAAAGUAUAAUAUGUAUAACAUGUCUCAGUUUGUAAAUCCUGAUGAGAAUGCCCUUAACCCAAUAGAUAAUUCAUUUAAUAAUAGCAACGACUCUUUUAACGUACCAAUGCACUCCUCUGCCUCAAUUAACCAGAAUCAGCCAAAUCCUAUGGGUACUUAUGAUAACCCAAAUCCAAUGUCUAACUUUGACCCUCAAAAUCCUAUGAAUAGUUAUGAUCCAUCGAAUCCCAUGUCAAAUUAUAAUUGCCCCAAUUAUAACGGCACAAAUCCGGUGCCAAAUUAUACAACCCCCAAUCUUAUGAUUGGUUAUAAUGACCCAAAUUAUGACGCUCAAAAUCCGAUUUCUAAUUUUAACGGUUCGAAUUACGAGAAUUAUGAGGAGGGGAUGUAUGAUUUGAAUAACUACAAUAAUGUUAAUUGCAUAUCUGGAGUAAAGUACCAGAGAACUGAUAACAGGUGGAUUGCGAGGUGGACAACUGCUGAGGGUAAGCGGGCUUGCAAGAGUUUUUCAGUCAAUAUUUACGGGUUUAACCAGGCCAAGAUGCUUGCAAUUCAGGCCAGACAGAAGGGGGUGGCUCUUUCAGGCAGGUCUUUUUGUAACAGAGAAAGACAACACGCCAUGAAGAGCGGUGUUGGAAUUAUUGGCAUCAGAUUCGAUAAAACUCAGGCAAGGUGGGUUUCUUCAUAUUAUGAGGGCGGCAAGAGAAAGUUUCGGUACUUUACAGUCAAAGACUAUGGGUACGAACAGGCUAAGCGAAACGCCAUAAUUUGGAAGAGUUGUAAUGACGAGAGGCUUGUUAAACGAGUUAAGGAGGGCUAUGGAAUUAACUAUGGAGUUCCUAACAUUAUGCCUAACAUUAUAUACCCCGUAGAAGGAUAUCCUUACGCCUGUGGAGUCCCAAACUCCAUUAUCCCAAACAAUCUUUCCAAUAACUUGCAAAUGAAUCCCUUAGACCUUAAUAAGGACCAAAAGGAUAUGGAACUCAAUAAUCAGAAUUUUAUAGAGGAAAAUCACAAUUUUAACGAUAACACUAACACUAGUAAUAAUUUGAAUGAAAAUAAUUCAGAAUUUGUAAAAGAUUAUGAAGGUUUUAACAACUCUGGAAACCUUAACUCACAACUCAAUAAUAGUGAUGGAAACCAGAAUGACGGAGAGUUGGAUGAGGGGUAUAGGACAAUGGUAACAGUGAACAAUUUUUCAAAUUUUGACCAGAAUGAGUCAACCAUAAGCUCUGGGAGAAACGACUACUUUUACUGCUCAGAUUCUCACGAUGAGAGUGGAGAUUCUGAAACCACAGGAAUUGGAUCAGACGAAUGUGAGGAAAGUGAUAGUGAUAGCGUUGGUGAGGGUGCAGAUAGUCGAAAUCGAGUGAGUUAUGAUGGUAAGAAGGGUAGGUGGGUCUCAGAGUGGAGAGACGUGGAUGGGAAGAAGGUUAAAAAGUAUUUUGAGGUACACAAGUAUGGGUACAAGAAGGCCAAACAGAUGGCUUUAGCUAAUAAUAAACUAAUUUAA